AUGAACCGAAGGAUUCAAACGUGGAGUUCUUUCCCACUUAUGUACUGGAGCAAUACGGCAUUGAGCAGGAUUGCAAGCACUAUUGGGGUUCCUAAGGUGACGGAUGGGUUGACUGCGCAACGAAAGCGUAUCUCCUUUGCCCUGGUUGAAGCAAAGGUGUUUGAUAAAUUGCCUGACUCAGUUGAGCUCCAAAACCCUAUUAAUGGUGUGAUUUUCAAACAGCCUAUUGAGUAUGAGUGGAGGACCAAGGCCAAGCAAGAAUGGAGGACUAAGGAUGAUCCUCCUCAGAAGACAAGUAUGGAGGAUAAAAUCGACACCAGGGCUGCUGAGACAGAUCGGCUUUGGUCCUCAAGAAAGGAAGAAAAGGCCAAGGUAUAUUUUCCAUAUCCGACGCUGACGUUAGGACCAAUUCUUGGAAACAAAGGCUUAUGGCGCAGAGGUUUCACCCGUGAGGUCUCUCUUUUCUCAUCUCAGUCUCCUUAUUUCUCUCUUUCGGGGCUAGAGCACAAAUACGAGCGAUUCCGCUUUUCGAGAAAGGCCCUGGAGAGCAAUGAGCUCACUGAUAGGCGCAUAUAG